AUGAUAGACGGGCAAGCAUCAGCAAAAGGCUGGCAUACGUAUGUCUUGGAAGACAUCCCACUGACUGAUGGUUUCGUCUGUACAUUCGAGGUCUUCAUAAAGAACACCGGACCUGUUUUAUUGCAAGUUUGGAGGGCGGAUCCAGUAGCAACUGCAGCAAACGCAGGCGCAAAGCACUUUUCCCUUGUCGGACAGCUCGAAUAUAAUGCGUUAGUCACUGGCGAGCAGUCAGUGCAGUUGGGAGACCCAAUUGCCGUAAAAGCAGGUGACCACAUUGGCUUCAUGAAUAUCGCCGAUGAAGCGGGCUCAGUUGCCUAUAAUUUCGGAGCACAAUUCUCCCUCAAUAGAGACUUGCAGGACCCCAGUGAACAAGUCAUCCCCAGUGUUGGGGAUAUCAUGGAUAUCGAUGUUUUUGUGCCAUCAUACAUCUACUCUCUUGGAACAAGAGUAUCUACAGACAGAUCACUCUGUUUUCCAACAACACCAUGCCCAUAUACACCAAGACCUACCACGCCUACAACAAAGGUUGACGUACCAACGACCCAAGCACCAACUCCUGUUGUAACCGGGGCACCUCAGCCCAAGACGACUGGACUUCCACGUGCCGUUGUGACUACGGGAAACCCUAUAAUCCCUGGCCGAGCAACCAAGAAGGAGACAGAUAUUCAUAUCCUCCUCGACUACAGCUUUGAGCUUCCAUACGGUGUUGUCUGCUACUUUGAUACCUUCAUGGCGGACACUUUGCCAACAAACUUCCAGAUUUGGCGACGAAAUGCAACAAGUGUCGAGCCGAACGUAUUCACGCUCACCGAUGAAACUACUUAUAGUGUGGACGAGGCGAAUAAAGCCGUCAGGGUGUGGGUUGCCAAUCGUACUGUUAACGGUGUAUACACACCAAUUCGAUUCAAAGAAGGGGACUACUUCGGUUUCACCUCCAUUCUCCAAGAUUCUGUGGGUUAUAACUUCGGUGGGAACGUCCCGGGAAGCCGAACACUCUUCCGCAAGCUCAAUACGAAUGAAGUACCAAAGCCUGGAGAUAACUAUGAAAUAAAUGUCAAGUUCCUCGUCUACAAGUUUUCCUUGUCGGUCACAUAUGCAACUCAUGUUGACCUAUGUUAUGACGGUACAACGAUGGCGCCGAAACCAACUGAUGCUGUGACUAUGCCACCAGUAAGGACCACACCCGCAGUGACACCAGAUCCAGGAACCCCAGGCCCGACAUCUAAGGUCACAGAUGGUGCAGGAGCAGUGUACAAGAUUGGUAACCCCUCACUCCCUGGCGUGACGAUGAAAGACGGUAUCUACUCAGUGGUGUUUGAUACAUUCGACCUCCUGCAAGGAUACCUCUGCUUCUUCGAAGGAUACUUCACUGAGCUUCACCAUACCCACUUGCAAAUCUGGCGGCCACAGAGCACAGAUCCACGUGAUAGGUCUUUCCAAUUGGUUACCAACAUGAACUUCACACCAAGCACCGUCCCUGGGGUUAAUAGGGCGUACCCAGGAGAAAAUGAUAACAUCAGGUUAUUUGCCAAUGACAGAUUCGGCUUCACCACUGAUGAGAAGAGCGUUUUGGCAUUCAGGUUCGGUCAAUACGCCUGGACGCUUCAGGCUUCGAUGGAUAAGAUUCCAGUUGUUGAUGGCGUGUAUGACAUAAACGUCCGAUUCCACCCAUACAACAUCUCGUUAUCCGUGACAGUUGCAACGAGGCAAGAAUGGUGCGACAUGGUCCCAACAACUGUUGCUCCUGUUAACCCAACAAUACCAACUGAAGCCCCCAACAAAUCCACCCAACCACCAGUAUCAACACCUUCCGCUGCACCAGGAGCAACUACGAAAAUUGGAAAUGACGUAGAUAUGGAGCCAAAGCUUCCCGGAAUAGAAGGCAACAACUCUGUCGUGAUGGACGGCUUCAACCUCACAGAUGGCUACCUCUACAAGUUCAAUGUUGUCUUGAACUCGACAGACCCAGUAACCUUUCAGAUCUUUAGGCCUGAUCCAGUUGAUCCGAACAUCCUGAAUGUCGUUUAUGAGAUUGGUCCCUUCCGAGCUCCGUACGCACCUGGUGUUUUUGAGAUUUAUGCCAAUCCCCCUGCCGGUGCAGGACGAAGGCGACGAAGGGCCACUGCUGGUGUGCUGGUGAAGGCAGGUGACAAGAUGGGAUUCACUGUCUCGGGUGGUAAUCCCAUGGCCUCGACUUCAGGCGGAACUGGGUCUGGCAUCAUCGUUGUCCCCGCUACUGGAAAUGGUGCUAUCAACCUUUCAAAUGGAUUGAAAGGCAGUGGUAGUUACAUCAUGAACGUAGAAAUCAGUCAAGUUCCUCUGGAAAUUCCUACAACAACGGCAGCUCCAACAACUGCACUUCCAGCAACUACUGAGACGCCGACGACACCCCCAUCCACUGCUGUUAACCUCAAGUACGUUGGCAAUGACGUUCUGAGUGGUGGUGUACCCGUUUUCGACAUGAACCGCAUCUACAUCCUUCAAGGAUAUGACCUCCCAGCAGGAUGGGUCUACAGGUUCGAAAUGCACCUGAGCACAGUAGAUCCUAUAAAGUUACAGAUCUGGAGACCGAACGCUCUGAAACCUUCCGAGGUCAGCCUCGUUGGAGAAAUGGACUUCUAUGCGAAAGAUGGGGGCGGCCUAUACAGUGCCUACCCCAAUGAGACGAAUGCAAUCGCUGUUCAAGCAGGCGAUAAACUUGGGUUCGCUACGGUUGGAAAUAACCCUCUCCAUAUCAGGCAGGAACAAGAUGCUGGUUCUUACGUCGGAAUCCUCGACCUCAAUGUCAUCGGAAGAUACCCUGCAGUUGGCGAACCCUUUACCUUGACUGGAAUUUCUUUCAGCGACAAAUUCCCUCUUGCCAUCGAAAUAUCCUCGAGUUAUAUCCCGCCACCUUCGGAAACACCACUAACAAUUGUUACCAAAGGUAACGGUUUGACCAAUGGUACCCAAGGCCCCGAUGGCACAAGUACCUACAUCUUGGACCAGGACCUCAAGGAUGGAUACGUAUACAAGUAUAAUGUGUUCUUGGCGACCACAGACCCUGUUCGCCUGCAGGUGUUCAGGCCUCUUGGUGGAACCUCAUACCGCUUGCUUGGAGAAGUGGAGACACUGGCGCGGUAUGGGCCUGGGGAAUAUAGGAUCUACCCAUCUCCCCAUAGCCCAAUUGCUGUGAAGACCACCGACAGGAUAGGAUUCACCACCAUCGUCACCAAUCCAUUGACCUACAAAAUCACCAGUGAUGCAACCGUGAAUACGAUCAAGAAUCUUGCCAGUACGCCAUCAGUGGGGGACACUGUCUCAACGACUGGUGUCGAUUUCGUCUUCGAGUGGGCAUUAAACGUUGAAAUCGCCUCAAGUUACCUUGAUCCACCAAUUGGACAGAUGGGCGAGAUGGGCGCAGAUGGGCCGGACGGUCCACAAGGACAACAAGGAGAACAAGGAUCACAAGGCGUUAAAGGCGAGGCAGGCGACGCUGGCUUAGAGGGACCACGGGGUACCACUGGAGAUCAAGGUGUUGUCGGUGAACAGGGUCUACUAGGAGACGUGGGCGAUGUUGGGAUGACAGGAUCGGAAGGUGCUCCAGGCAACCAAGGUGAUCUCGGCGCACGCGGUGUGACUGGCGGUGAAGGAUCCGCUGGGCUGAUCGGCAACAAUGGCCCCCGUGGUGUCACUGGCGCUCAAGGUGUGAUGGGCCUCACGGGGUACGAGGGGGUUGUUGGCCCACUGGGGGUAGGUGGAUCAGCUGGAAACCAAGGUGACCAGGGACCUGCCGGCCAGCAAGGACCUAAGGGAGACGUCGGAGACGUAGGACCAGUACAGAGCGUAUCUUGUGCCGUCAGUGGUUGUCAACACGUGUGUACAGAGUUGGUCGGAGCUGUUGAGUGUUCAUGUAACCCCGGCUAUCUCCUGCAAGAUGAUAAAAAGACAUGUGCAGAUAUCAAUGAAUGUAAUACAUAUAACGGUAUGUGUCAACAGAAUUGCGUAAAUGAUGUCCCUGGAUCCGCCACGUGCACCUGUAAAAAUGGGUACAAUGUAUCACCCAAUGGGAGACAUUGCGAUGAUCUGAACGAGUGUCUCAAGAACCCAUGCAGUAAUGAUGAAGUUUGCUUGAACACAGAGGGAAGUUAUGCUUGCUACAAAGGAACUGGUUCAUCCGUGUUUUACAACGAACAGGGAAAUACUGCUGCGCUGGCUACCACCACAACAUUUUUGAAUCGUAACGUGUUUAUCGGUCUCAUCGUGUGGAUGAUCCUGGUAUCUCUGGGCAGCUUGUUGGUCGCCGUCGCCAUGAUGUUCAAGGGCAGCAAGAAGAAGGAUAUGAACAAGAAGAUGCAGAUGCAACAAAGUAUGAGGCGGCAGAGCGUCAAGAGACACAACCCAGACUACGCCCUUCCAGAGUUUACAGAAAUUUAUGACCGAUAGUGUAUUAUUUGUAAAUAAACCAAAAUAUAUUUUUGUAAUUUUAUCAGUUCUCAUCCAUAUUGCCAACAUUCAACUUAAAAGACAUAUCUUCUGCUGUUUUAAACCAAUGGGAACGUUCUAUGACAUAUGCUGUGUAUAUAUGUAGGCCUACUUUAUUGUUGUAACGGAUGUUGAAAAUCUUCAAUAUUGUAAGCUGGUUUCGCAGUCUGUGAUUUGGGCAGAGCAUUCAGGUUCAGACAGGAUACUUUUAUUCGAUCUCGAAUGAGGUCUUGCAUUAAUCUACUUCAAAAAUUCAAUAAUAGAUGCAGCAGUCGUUGAUUUUGAAGAUUGGUCAUGAUGUAAAUUCAUUGCUUUGUAUUAUGUAAAUAGUCCACCUCGCUCAUCAUUUUGUAAUGGAGCCUAUUUUGUCUUUGUCGACAUUUUGUGGUCUCUUCCGCGCGUGUUGACAACCAAUGCAUCAUCACCUUUACUGAUGUUGUUAAUUCUGGUCUUUUGUUUGUGCUUUGUCGUUUGUUGCUCGUCUUACUGAGGAAUAUAGUGAUUGAUAGAUACAUGUAUUUUUUAAAUAGCCUUUGCUGUAUAGAAUUCAACAAGAACGGGAAAAUGAAAAAUAUCAAAAUCUGUGGUUGUAAUGAUUGUUACUUUGUUAUCGUGUUGGUAGGUUUCGCAACUGAAAAGUCCACGAACGGCGAAAUGGGAAGACACCGUCUCCACACUAUAUCCUAAGCCGAUUUAUGUAGGCUACAUGCAUCUUGAACUUCAGGCCACCACUCGACUGACGCUGGUUUGUCGAGGAUGAUGUACAUAUGUAGCUUUGUAAAUAUUUUUUUACCGAUAUUAAAUUCAUUUCACGGACACUGGACCACCGACCACCGACCUUUCUUUUUUAUGUUCCAUGAACUUACAAUGUAUUAGCACAGUUCAUUGCUGUAACACAUGUCCUAUCACUAUUUCUAUACAUGUAGAUAUAUAUCGCACAGUAGAGUUAGUCACAUACCUGGAUUCUAACUUAUUGUAAGCUUUAUUUACCAAUGUCGUAAAUGAAAAAAAGUAACUGAUUUGUGUAUAUUUUUGGAAAAAAGUAUCUGACA